AGUUUAUUUCUUCCUUUCCAAUCUAGAUUCCUUUUAUUUUAUUUUCUUGCCUAAUUGCCCUGGCUAGAAAUUCCAGUAUGAAAGAAAUAUAAGUAGCAAGGGUGAACCUCCUUAUAUUGAUCCUAACCUUAGGGAAAAGUUUUCAGUCUUUCCCCCACUUCGUAUAUCAGCUAUGAGUUUUUCAUACUUUGUCUUUAUCAGGUUGAGAAAGUUGCCCCCCCCCCGCACCUUUUAAAAAAAUUAUUAUUAUGGAGUCCUGGUGUGGUGGCUCAUGCCUGUAAACCUCACAUUCCUGGGAUAAAUGCCACUUGGUCCUUUUUGUAUUUUGCUGAAUUUGAUUUGCCAGUACACUCAUCCCUCAGUAUAUAUGGGAAAUCAGUUCCAGAACCCCUGAGUAUGCCAAAAUCUGUACAUUCUCAAGUCCCAAAGUCAACCCUGUGAAACCUGCUCAUGGGAAAAGUCAGCCCUCCAUAUACAUUGGACUCACAUCCCGGAAUACUAUGAUUUUUUUUUUUUUUUUGAGACAGAGCCUCAAGCUGUCGCCCUGGGUAAAGUGCCGUGGCAUCACCGCUCACAGCAACCUCCAACUCCUGGGCUUAAGCAAUUCUCUUGCCUCAGCCUCCCGAGUAGCUGGGGCUACAGGUCCCCACCAUAACACCCGGCUAUUUUUUGGUUGUAGUUGUCAUUGUUGUUUGGCAGGCCCAGGCUGGAUUCGAACCUGCCAGCUCCGGUGUACAUGGCUGGUGCCCAAGCCGCUUGAACUAUAGGCGCCUGCCAGAUCUGUAGCUUUCUUUUCUUCUUUCUUAUUUUUUUUUUUUUAAGACAGAGUCUUAGUCUGUCAUCCUGGGUAGAGGGCUGCGGUGUCCUAUCUCACAGCAACCUCCAACACUUGGGCUAAGUGAUCCUCUUGCCACAGCCUCCAGGUAGCUGGGACUACAGGCAUCCACCACCACACUCAGCUAGUUUUUCUAGUUUUAGCAGAGACGGGGCCUCACUCUUGCUCGGGCUGGUGUCAAACUUCUGAGCUCAAGCAAUCCACCCAGCUCAGCCUCCCAGAGUGCUGGGAUUGCAGGUGUGAGCCACCGCACCUGGCCUGUAGCUCUCUUUUGCAUGUUGUGUUUGGUGUCAGGGUAAUCCUGGCCUUCUAGAAUGAAUCGGAAAGUGUUCUCUUCUGUUUACUCUUAGUGCUUCAUCUUUACUGUGUCUUCACGGGCUUGCUCUGCGUGACUGCCUGGCUCAGUGAGAUCCCGGCACUCAGCCCAGCCACAUCCCCGGAAAUGUGCAAUUUAUUUCAUCAGCUACACUUGGCCUUGCAUGUCCAGGAUAUGUUGUGGCCCAUGUCAGGGACUGUGGUGAGAGCUCUUCUGUGGGAUUGAUAAAAAUUCAAUAUACCAUACGGUAAAUUUGCCAACCGUAAGGCCUUGGGGGAACUUCCAUUACAAAACUAUCCAAGCCUUAUGCUCUGAAAUGCACUUUUAUAGGCUUUCUUGAUGACUUUUUUUUCUUUCUUUUUUUGUAGAGACAGAGUCUCACUUUAUGGCCCUCAGUAGAGUGCCAUGGCAUCACACAGCUCACAGCAACCUCCAACUCUUGGGCUUAAGCGAUUCUCCUGCCUCAGCCUCCAGAGUAGCUGGGACUACAGGCGCCUACCACAACACCCAGCUAUUUUUUGGUUGCAGUUCACCCGGGGCCGGGUUUGAACAUGCCGCCCUCGGUUUAUGGGGCCAGCACCCUACCGACUGAGCCACAGGCGCCGCCCAUUUCUUGAUGACUUUUCAGGACAAGGGAUAUGAGCUUAGUCAUGCUUAGGUGACAUGGGGGCAGGUAAGGAGAUGUCAUCCCCAAAGGAAGUGAGAGGCCAUCUGAGAAGCUCCUCAAGGUGCCAUCAGCCAAGGGACCAAGGUGGCUGCCAAGGCAGAGUGUUCUCCAUGGGACCACCUUGUCUGGGAGUCCACCGUCCUGUCAUCAGCCCACCAAGCCAGGCUGGCUGCAGGUGCCCUGAGAUGCAGCACCAUGAACCACACACAGACCUGACGACCCAGCCCUGUAAAGUUCUGGAGGAAGCACAUGUCUGCUUGGGCCUGGCUACAUUGUUACUCUCUUACUAUGACUAAAUUAACACCCUACCACAGAAUGUUCUUGGUUUUAAAGAAAUGAGAAUGCUCGGGAGGCUGAGGCAGGAGAAUCACCUAAGCCCAGGAGUUGGAGGUUGCUGUGAGCUGUGUGAUGCCACGGCACUCUACUGAGGGCUAUAAAGUGAAACUCUGUCUCCACAAAAAAAAAAGAAAUGAGAAGAGCAGAAAGACCCUUCAGCCCCAGGAAUAAAAGAGUCCCCAUCAGUGUGUGUGGGCGGGGAUGUGGAGGCUGCCUGUGAUGUGAGGACUGGCAUGGGGGCACAGCACAUGGUGGCUGUCACGGAUAACCACAAACACGGAGUUGCUAUUGGGGUCCCCCAGGAGUCUCUGAGCCUGCAGCGGGAGCUACCAUGGGAGUCUUAGAGGGUCUAGGGCAGUGUUUUUCAACCUAUUUUAUAUCAUGGCACACUUGAACCUAUAGCUAAAGCUUCUAGGCACACUUAAAUUACGUUGAUCAAAAAAGAACAUACUUACUGUGCUUUGAAUGUCUUUUGAAAAUAAUUUAAUUAGAGCGGCGCCUGUGGCUCAAAAGGGUAGGUGGUGGUGAGUUCAAACCCAGCCCUAAAAAAACUGCAAAAAAAGAAAGAAAGAAAGAAAAAGAAAAUAAUUUAAUUAAUGAUCUUUAAUAAUUUUCACACAGACACCAGGUUGAAAAUCACUGCUCUGGAGCUCCUCCCUGGAGGGUGCAGGUUGUGUCCAGGAGGCUGCUUGCCUACUUGCAGGACAGGGGAGCUGAAGGCUCAGAGCAGCCAGUGUGAGUUCUGCCAGUUCAAAAAGCACUGUCAAAGGCUGCUCAGUCCUGCCCUUGUCGUGAAGAUGGCUGACCGCCACCCACUGUGGGAGAGACUCAGGCAUUGCCCAGGGCCACUCAUCUCCCUGUGCCUGAAGCCACAGCCCUCAUGCCACCCUGCGUUGGGGGGCCUGGAUGGUGCCCGCCCCCCGUGGAGUACACGUGUUGGGGGAGGGGUCUGGUGCAGUAGAAAGAGGGUUGGCUCUGUACCCCCAGACCCCCAUACACCUCAACCUCACCCCGGUGACCCGAGCUAGUCACUAACUGGUGUCUUGAGCUUCCUCAUCAGUGAAUGGGUCACAGUGAUAUGACUUCCCUAGAGCUCUGUGAGCUCCGGUUGUAACAUGCUGGGGGCAGGGGGGGCUCUCUGGGUGUGUCGGGAGGGUGGUGCUGCGAGCCAGAUGGGGCGCCUGAGGGUGGGGGCGGGCCGUGUGCGCAGGCGGCGCUGGCGGGAGGGACCGGCACAGCGCUCAGAUCUGCGACAGCGGCGGCGACAGCAGGUGGGUCGCAGCGGGUCCCACGGAGACGAGCUGGGACCAGUGUCUGGGGCCAGGGGAGGGACAGAACUGGCUCCUGCAGUAGCUGGGUGUGGAGCGCGGCGAGGUACAGGUAGCUGGCUUGGUGCUCCUCUCAGCUGCCUGCCAUGGUUCGCGGGCUGCCCGGUGCUGCUGGCCUGGCACGCUUCUUCCACAAGCUGAACAGGUUGAAGCCGCUGGAGGAGUCCAGCAUGGAGACGUCACUGAGGCGCUGCCUGUCCACGCUGGACCUGACCCUGCUGGGUGUUGGUGGCAUGGUGGGAUCAGGCCUCUACGUGCUCACAGGUGCCGUGGCCAAAGACAUUGCUGGCCCUGCCGUGAUCUUAUCCUAUUGUGUGGCCGCUGUGGCCUCCCUCCUGGCAGCCCUUUGCUAUGCAGAAUUUGGGGCACGCGUGCCCCGCACAGGCUCUGCCUACCUGUUCACCUACGUGUCCAUGGGAGAGCUGUGGGCCUUCCUCAUCGGCUGGAACAUUCUCCUUGAAUAUGUUAUUGGUGGCGCUGCUGUGGCCCGAGCCUGGAGUGGCUACCUGGAUUCCAUCUUCAACCACAGAAUCCGCAACUUCACUGUCACCCACGUGGGAUCCUGGCAGGUGCCCCUGAUGGGCCACUACCCGGACUUCCUGGCUGCCGGAAUCCUCCUUCUGGCCUCUGCUUUUGUCUCCUGUGGAGCUCGGGUCUCCUCCUGGCUCAACCAUACCUUCUCAGCCAUCAACCUGCUCACCAUCCUCUUCAUCAUCAUCCUGGGCUUCAUCCUGGCUGAGCCCCACAACUGGAGUGCAGAAGAGGGGGGCUUUGCACCCUUUGGCUUCUCAGGCAUCAUGGCUGGCACUGCCUCCUGCUUCUAUGCCUUUGUGGGCUUCGAUGUUAUCACUGCCUCCAGUGAGGAGGCCCGGAAUCCGAGGCGGGCUGUGCCUGUGGCCAUUGCCACUGCACUUGGCCUGGCGGCGGGCGCCUACAUUCUCGUCUCCACCGUACUGACCCUCAUGGUGCCCUGGCACAGUCUGGAGCCCGACUCCGCACUUGCGGACGCCUUCCACCGACGGGGCUACAGCUGGGCUGGCUAUAUUGUGGCAGCAGGCUCCAUCUGCGCCAUGAACACUGUCCUGCUCAGCAGCCUCUUCUCCCUGCCUCGCAUCGUCUAUGCCAUGGCUGUCGACGGGCUCUUCUUCCAGGUGUUUGCCUACGUGCAACCCCGGACACAGGUGCCUGUAAUGGGCAUCCUGGUGUUCGGGAUCCUCAUGGCCCUCCUGGCACUGCUGAUGGACCUCGAGGCGCUGGUCCAGUUCCUGUCUAUUGGCACACUACUGGCCUACACCUUUGUGGCUGCCAGCAUAAUUGUGCUGCGCUUCCAGAAGGCUUCUCCAUCCAGCUCCCCAUGCCCGGCCAGCCCUGGCCCCCUGUCCAAGGAGCACAGCUCUGUCUCAGACCACAUGCAGCUGGUGGGUGCAGAGCAGGCGUCAAUCCCUGAGCCUGGACAGCUGCGACCUGCCCUGAGGCGCUACCUGGGUUUCCUGAGUGGGUACAGCCCUGGGAGGGUUGUCACUUGGGCACUCUGCUUCCUGAUGGCUUCAGCCAUCACCCUGGGCUGUGUGCUGAUUUUUGGGGACUCGGGCCUCCCACAGUGGGGUUACAUCCUGCUGCUGCUGCUCAGCAGUGCUGUGUUUCUGCUCAGCCUCCUCAUCCUGGGGGCUCUCCAGCAACAGCCCCGGCAGGACACGUUUCAGAUCCCCCUGGUGCCCCUGCUCCCGGCACUCAGCAUCCUCCUCAACGUCUGCCUCAUGCUGAAGCUCAGCUACCUGACCUGGGUGCGGUUCACAAUCUGGCUGCUAAUGGGACUCGCUGUGUAUUUCGGCUACGGCAUCUGGCACAGCAAGGAGAACCAGCGGGAGCCCCCAGAGCUGACCAUCACCCGCUAUGUGGUGUUCCCCAGUGGCAGCCUGGAGGAGACCGUGCAGGCCGUGCAACCCUCCAGCCAGGCGCCACCCCCUGCACCCAGCCACACGGAGUAGCCGGCCACCCUCACCUGCCCUGCUCUCCCCCACCUCCUCAGGAGCCCCCUCUGUCCAGGGCAGCUUGGGUUUACCUGCUCAGUCUGGGGUCCCUAGGACCUUAGGACUUAGCCUAAGCACUGAGCUUCAGGUUUCCAGGAGGGAGCCUUGGCCAGCACUGGUGCACUGGCCUCUUAGCCCAGUGCCUUCCUGCUCCUGACCGACUCCAGCUCCCUGGAAGGUGAGGUGGGGCUAGUGGGGAGGCCCACAGGCCCAGGGAUCCAUAAUAAUAAUGGCUCAGCCAGCCAUAUGGUCUG